GCCGCUUGCUGGAAGAAUACCACAAUGCCAACGACUGCGCCCCAAUUUGCACUCUCCUUCGGUGGAGAUUCUGUUGUUGACGAUAUUGCAGCUAUUCACUGUUGUUUGCAAUCACCCGCCUGGUGGCAUGUGUCCAAUGCUGGGCCUCCAAUGGCACUCCCCACGCCGACUCAUGCCACAGCUGCAUGACGGAUGGUGCUCAUCAUAUGCCGCUAGCCACCCUGACAAGCACGACAAGUGACAUAGCGCCAGCCAAGAUGGUCUCGAAUCUUGGGCGCGUGUGGCAUCCCAUCACGUGCUGUCCAUCACUCAUGUCUCAGUGCGACAGUCGCUCUGUUGAGCUUCGAGUUUCACUCUUGCUUGUCCUCGUCCUCUGUGAAAGUCCACAGACUUGGUGUCAGUCCUCAGCAGUGUAGAGUUGUAACCACCUGGGCAGGAUGCAAAUAACAACAGCCUUUUCGCAAUAAUUGCUGAUUCUACCUUAUCCAUUGAACUUGUUGGUGUCGGUGUCCCUCAGUACGCCGAAGAACUUCCUUCUACGGCUUCUAGUCCCCGUAGUGGGGGCCUGUCCCGCACCGUUCAGCCUUACGGGCAACGGAGCCAAGCAUGGAUGGCCCCACAUUGUCUCCGGAUGUCGACCAACGGGAUGUUGUCGCGAGGAAUACGAUGGACAUCUUCUCUGUGGUACAUGAGGUGUAGUUAGGGUUGUUAAGGGCUCGCUGCCCAUUCUGUGCACAAGCAUCGUGUACCUCGAGGCUGUAGAAAAAUACAGGGAUGGAGGCAUAAUGUCGGUGUUGGAUAGGAUUUCCCUCCUUACGCGUCGUUUUUCUCUUGGGGACUUUGGAUCUACUUGGAUUCACACCCCAGCAUAGCAUCGCCCGUUCGCGGUCGGAGGGGACAGAUAUAAAUCAAGUUGACCUGACUGCCUCAGAGAAAUCAACAACCCAGACUGUAUGCUCCCAUCUCUCAUCUCAGAUUCUGCAGCACAUUCGCCAUGAUAUUCUCCCGAGGCUGGCUUCCGGGCCUCACUGCUUGCCUUCUAUCAUGUUCCCCUUUAUUGACUUCGGCCUCCAGCUCCCACAAACAACAGUGCAAGGCCAUCCCCGGCACGCCAGACUGGCCAUCGCCAGCUUCUUGGAAGCGUCUCAAUGAGUCACUCGCCGGACGACUGCUACAGCCUCCUCCUCCAGGAGCUGUCUGCCAUCCCGGACAGCCGACCUACGACGCCGGAGAAUGUCCCAACCUCCUUGCCGACUGGUCAAAACUCGACUACCACCAUACCAACCCCGUCUCAACCUACUGGAACAACUGGAGCAAUGAUACCUGUCUUCCUUAUCCGGGUUAUCCAUGCAGCGGUCAGGGAUAUCCUCUCUUCGUUAUCAACGCGACCACGGCCCGGCAUGUCCAACUAGGCGUUCGGUUUGCAAAGAAACACAACAUUCGUCUCGUGGUCAAGAACACAGGUCAUGAUUUUAUCGGCCGCUCCAGUGCCCCUAAUUCGCUUUCGAUUUGGGUUCAUAGCCUGAAAGACUGGAAAUACCAUGGGGAAGGAUUCCGUCCUAAGAGGUGCAAGACCACUCUCCCGGGGACAUACCUGACAGCAGGCAGUGGCAGCCAAAUGUGGGAUAUCUACACCCGCCUUGACAAGAUGAACCAAACCAUUGUUGGCGGCGGUGGCAAAACAGUUGCCCUCGGUGGUUACCUCACCGGCGGUGGGCACUCCUUACUCUCUCCCUACUACGGCAUGGCAGCAGACCACGUUGUCGAAAUCGAAGCCGUGACCCCAUUAGGUGAAGUCAUCACCGCCAACUCUUGCCAAAACCAAGACAUUUUCUGGGCCAUCCUCGGCGGCGGCGGCUCAACCUUUGCAAUCCCUACCCUCUUCACCCUCAAAACCCACCCCACCCCCAGGCUCUCCCACCUCAACAUCCUCAUCAUCACCCCCCUCCCCAACACCUCUUCCAUCAUCUUCCCCCUCCAAGCUUAUAUAACCUCACAAUUCCCCUCUUUAUCCACCUCCGGCCUCUCAGGCUACGCCUUCCUCCUCCCCCCCUCCACCCCCUUCCCUCUCUUCCCCAACAUCACCAACGGCAUAGGCGGAUUCUUCAUGUCCUGCGUCGUCCUCCAAUCCUCCCCCUCCUCCUUCCCCCAAGACAUACUCUCCCUCUGGGACCCCGUCCUAUCCCACAUCAACACCACCUUCCCCCUCUCCGCCAACAACUUCACCACCCUCACAAUCCCCACCUCCUACCCUUCCUUCCUCGCCUACUUCGCCGCCCACCACGACACAACCCCCGCCGGCACAAACAUCCUCCCCGGCGGACGCCUCCUCGACGCGCCCGCCCUAACGCGCAACCUAACCGCCCUCUCGGAAACAUACUCCUCCCUCUCCCGAGGCCCCCAGCCGGCGAGCAGCAUCAUCGCCGCACAUUUGGUCUCCGGACCAGGCGUGCACACCCACCCGAACCGGUUCAAAACCAGCCUUCUCCCCUCCUGGAGGACGAGCUAUCUCCACGUUGCAAUCAUCGGUGGCAUUGCGCUGACAAGGGUAGUCUUCGGCGAGUCCUUCCCCCCCCUCAACGAAACCGCAAAAUCCGAGGCCUAUGCACGAGUGCUGGGAAAAGACGAAAUCAUCAAACAGCUCGCCCCGGAUACGGGUGCGUACAUGAACGAGGCAAGCCCAAUCGAAGAAAAAGGCUGGCAGCAAAGACUCUGGGGAAAAAACUACGACCGACUCAAACGCAUCAAGCGCACCGUCGAUCCCACCGACGUCUUCUGGUGCACCCCCUGCGUAGGCAACGAGCGCUGGAAACAAGUUGGAGACCGUCUCUGCCGCGUUUAACGAUAGUCACAUACCUACAUCUCAUGUCUCAAGACGCGUGAAGUGCUCUUGGUAAUGGUUAUGAUACAAUUCCAACCGUAUAAUCUCUCUAUCAGCCUACUGUGUUGUGGUAAUAAUCCCCCUUCACCAAUAGAAAAAAUCCCAACUCUACCUACACAGCCAGUUUCAUUGUAUCACUAGACGCGCUGUUUUCACCCGUAAUAUACUCG